AUGGCACCUUCAAGAUCAAGAUAUUCCACCCCUCGAGUCAAAGCUUGUCAACAUUGUAUAACCGCCAAAGCAAAAUGUGACCGCAAAGAAACCUGUGGACGUUGUGCCUUGCGGAGUCUAACAUGCAGCUAUCCUGGGAGAUCUCGAGAGCCGACCGUAGACUCGCAGCCGGACGCGGAGACCUGGGGAAACCAUGACACUCUGGACUCUGAACAGUCCUCACAAACAGACACUCCCCUUCACUUUGAUACACUGGACCUUGUGUGUCCGAUCAACAGCGACGACAUCAAGAACCGAUGGCUCAACUCGUAUGUUCCUCUGCCUGGACAGUCGCCCAAGAACUACAGUCAAAGUGUCAUCAAUUUUGUCUAUCGAAUGCUCAAGUCGUAUGCCUCAACAGUGAUUCGAGGUCGUCUGCCACCAUUCAUCCAUCCUAUGCAGCAAUCCUUGGUGCCGCUCUCGACCUGUCUUACUCUGGUCCGAAUAUGCGACCCUCUACCUGGCAACGUGAGUAUCGCCGCAGAUAUCCUACAGCGGGAAAUGACUAGACUCUACGAAGAGCGAGGAACAUAUGAAGGUGUCAAUCUUCUUGGAGUGUUUCAAGCAUACCUCAUCUAUUCCAUGGUUCUGUUCUUUCACCUGGGGCCUUCAAUGCCAUUUCUUCGUCAGGCAAUGAUCAACCUGCAGGAAAUUGCAUGCGCAACCUCUCGAGAAGGGCUUGUAUGUGCGGCAGAACAACGAGGCGCCCUACCGAAAUGGGAAUCAUGGAUCAUGGCAGAGGCCAAGAGACGAACGCUGUACACCAUGUACUUUCUUGACAAUGUGUUGUCGGCUCAUGAUGGUCUCACCACGUAUCUGGGAACUGAGUUGAGGGGGCUCUAUUCGCCAUCGAGCAAGUAUCUGUGGCAAGCGGAUCGGAAUGGAUGGGAACAAAGCUACAACUCUCACCUGGCCGAAUGGGGAAGUGAACCCUUUCGACUGGAUGAAUUGUGGCCAUUUCCAGAUGGAAUGGGCGACGAAGAAAUAAAACGCCAACGACGGAGGGUAGAUCGAUGGUUGGAAGAUGUUGAUGAAUUUGGGACAAUGCUAUAUGCAGCCUCAAGCUGUACUCAUGGAGAGUAG